AUGAAUGAAGAUGAAUCAAUCGACAUUGAUUCAGACGGCAACUUCAAUGAUGGAGAAAAUCCUGUUGACGAUGAUGCUGCUCCUGCUGAUGAUGAUGAUGAUGAUGAUGAUUACGACGGCCAUUAUUUAGAGGAAGAGGGAGAAGUUGGAGAGGACAGGGAAAUGCCUAAUGAGUUCAAUGAAGAAGAUCUUAUAAUUGGUCCAAUUACUGGGAUGCGGUUCAGUAGUAAGGAUGUUCUGUUUGAUUUUUACAAAGAACAUGCAAGAUUAUCGGGUUUUUGCAUUGUCAAAAGAACGUCCAACAAAAAAGGUGGUGAUAUUGUUAGGUAUGUGCAAUAUGGUUGUGAUAGGUCUAGGAAACCAAGGAAUAAGCAUGUUACCAAGAGGAAGAACUGCCGUGCUAGAAUAAAUGGAAUUUUGGAGGAGAAUGGUUCAUGGCGUGUUUCAAAGGUGGUAAAAAAACAUAAUCAUCAAUUGGAACCAGCACUAUCGCGAUUGAUGGCUGGACACAGAUCGCUUAGCAAGUCUCUUAAGAGAACUCUUGCAGCCAAAGAUAUUGCUGGCUUAAGACCCUCAAAAAAUAUAAGAGUCGCUGAAGUACUUGCUGGUGGCCCCGAAAAUCUGGUUUGUACACCAAAGGACUGUAGAAAUUAUAUCUUGAAGAGUAGAAAGCUUCAGUUGCAAGAAGGGGAUGCACAAUCAUUACUCAAGUUCUUCAGUGACAUGCAGCAAAAAGAUAGGGAAUUUUACUACUCCGUAGAUGUGGAUAGUUUUGGUCGACUUCGUAAUGUCGUAUGGGUUUAUUCACACUCUAAGGUUUCAUAUGAGGAGUUCCAUGAUGUAAUAUGCCUUGAUACCACAUACCUUGUGAAUCGAUACAAUAUGCCAUUUGCUUCAUUUGUUGGUGUCAAUCAGCAUAGGCAGUCCAUACUUUUGGGAUGUGCUCUUAUGUCUAGUGAGGAUAUAACAAGUUACAAAAUGGUGCUAUCUACAUGGCUUGGGGCUCUAAACAAUGUUCAUCCAUUAGCUAUCAUGACUGACCAAUGUGAUAGUAUAAAGGCUGCCAUCAGUGCUAUGAUGCCAAAUACAAUACAUAGAUAUUGUAUAUGGCACAUAUUCGCAAAGUUGCCUACGAAGUUAAGCGGAGUUCUUGAUGAAGUUCACAAACGGGCUGGUGGAAGUGGAGUUAGAGGUAAUAGGAGGGGUAGAGGUGGUGGUAGAGGUGUUGGCAGAGGUGUUGGCAGAGGUGGUGGUAGAAGUGGUGGCAGAGGUGGUGGUAGAGGCCAUGGUAGAGGCCGUGGUAGAGGUGGUGGAAAUACUGGGCUAGCGGAAGGAAUUGAGCAAGAUGAUGCAACAGUACAAGCACACAGUAGCUUGCCUGAUUUUAACGAUGAAGCAGACUGGGAGAUAGAAGACUUGACCGUUUAG